AGCAGGAUCUUAUUCACCAGCCCAGCUUUAGGAUGCCCACUACUGCAGCACACUCACAACAGUGACUGGAACUGAUGCUGGAGUUGAUCUACACACACGUGGCUUUGACACAGGGACACUAAACACACCUGGACAGAUAAUCCUGUUCAAGGAGUUUUGCAGGCAAGACAAAGUGGGAGUGUGAGCCAUGGGUCAGUGGCUGAGCUGGCUCCUCUUGCUGACAGGACUGCUGGGGGUCUGCACACAGGAUUAUUACGAGGAAAGGACAGGAGAGAAGAGAACCAGGGUUAAUGGUCAAAUGACAAACAUCCUGAAAUAUAAUGGAGCAGCCAUCUUGGAUGAAGACUGUGGUCUUGAACUGGCCUUCCUUGUGGACAGCUCAGAGAGUGCCAAGGGCCAUCACCAGCAGGAGAAGAAGUUUGCUAUGGACAUUGUGGACGGUCUGCAGAGCAUUCGUUUGAACACUGGGCGCAAAGUGAGCUGGAGAGUGUCAUUACUCCAGUACAGCAGUCAUGUCAUCAUUGAGCAAACGUUCAAACAAUGGAGGGGCACUGAGAACUUCAAAAGCAGCAUCGCUCCCAUGGGCUAUAUUGGCCAUGGCACCUAUACUACCUACGCUAUUACCAACAUGACAAAGAUCUUUUCCGAGGAAUCCAAAGCAGAUGGCAUCAAAAUCGCACUGCUUCUUACAGAUGGAGUCUCCCAUCCAAGGAAUCCUGACAUCUUCUCAGCCGUAGCUGAUGCCAAGAACCAGGGAGUGAAGUUUUUCACCAUCGGCAUCACGCACACUGCCAAUGAGCCUACCAACAUUGCCCGUCUGAGGCUGCUAGCCAGCACACCCCCCUCCCGCUUCCUACAUAACCUUCAGGAUAUACACAUCACUGAGAAGAUCCUUACUGAGAUUGCUCAACUAGCAGAAGAUGGGUGCCCUGUGUCUCAGAAAUGUACAUGUGAGAAGGGUGAGAGAGGACCUAGUGGCCCAGCAGGAAAGAAAGGUCGCCCUGGUGAUGAUGGAGCCUCCGGGCCUAAAGGUCAAAAGGGUGAAGGUGGGUUGAGUGGACUUCCUGGUCGUGAUGGCUCAGAAGGUAAACCUGGCGACAAAGGAGAAAAGGGAGACAGAGGUGAAUGUGGCACACCAGGAAUCAAGGGUGACAGGGGUCCUGAGGGUCCUGUUGGUAUAAGAGGUUCCAGAGGGUUGCAGGGUUUACCAGGACCACAGGGUGACAUCGGACCAGAGGGCCCUCCAGGCAAGAAGGGAGAGCGUGGUUUACCUGGUCCACCUGGCCUUCAGGGCGAGACUGGGAUUGGACUUCCAGGGCCAAAGGGUGAUAUGGGAUUUCAGGGCAGACCUGGUCCUCCUGGCCCAACAGGAAUUGGAGAACCAGGACCACCUGGACCUCAAGGUCCACAGGGUGUUCAAGGAGAAAAAGGACCACAGGGAGAAGGAUAUCCAGGACCUAAGGGAGACCGGGGGCCGGAUGGACCGAGGGGGCCAAGGGGACAACCAGGCGCUGGAAUCAAAGGAGAAAAGGGUGAGCUUGGGCCUGCAGGGCCUCCUGGACCAGUUGGGCUUCCUGGGAUUGGCAUUCAGGGCGAGAAGGGUGUGGAGGGUCCAAGAGGGCCUCCAGGAGGAAGAGGGCCACCAGGGGAGGGUCUGCCUGGACCAAAGGGUGAACAAGGAUUACCGGGAGAGAUUGGAAGCCCCGGAGAGAGAGGAAUUGGAGAACCUGGACCAAAGGGUGAGCCUGGUGCUUCAGGACUAGCAGGUCUACCCGGACUUCCUGGAGAGGAUGGCGCACCAGGCCAAAAGGGAGAGCCUGGAGUACCAGGCCUGAGGGGACCUGAAGGAGCAGCAGGAAUUGGCACACAAGGAGAAAAGGGAGACCAGGGCCAGAGGGGUGUCAGAGGAUUACCAGGCCCACCUGGCAUUUCUGGCCCUUCAGGUGCCAAGGGAGAACCUGGAACACCAGGACGAUUGGGCAUGCCAGGACUUCCUGGGCGAGCUAUUGCAGGACCAAAGGGUGAUGUUGGACCUGCUGGUCCUCCUGGACCAAUUGGAGAAACAGGUUAUGGGCUUCCAGGUCCAAAGGGUGACCGUGGCAAUCCUGGUCCUCCUGGGCCAUUUGGGCCAAAAGGUGAAGGUUAUCCUGGACCAGUGGGUCCUCCUGGUCUCCCAGGUUUGCCUGGAGAGCCCGGACCCGAGGGCAUCGGCUUCCCUGGACCAAAGGGUGAUGUUGGUUUCCGAGGUUUACCAGGUUUGCCAGGCCCACCGGGUGAAGGAAUUCAAGGACCACCGGGCAACACAGGAAGGCCAGGACUACCAGGACCAACUGGGCCCCCAGGAGAGGGCAUUCAAGGCCACAAAGGAGAUCAGGGGCCACCAGGUGUCUCUGGACCAAGAGGACCACCAGGGGAAGGACUCACAGGUGCUAAGGGUGAUAGAGGCUUGCAGGGUGAGAGAGGAAUGAAGGGAGUUAAAGGUGAAAUGGGUGACCCUGGACUCCCUGGACAAUCUGGAAGACCUGGAGAAAAAGGCGAGAUGGGCCUCACAAGAGAGGACAUCAUUAAACUGAUCAAAGAGAUCUGUGGUUGUGGCAUUAAAUGUAAGGAGAGGCCUAUGGAGCUGGUGUUUGUAAUUGACAGCUCUGAAAGUGUCGGUCCUGAAAACUUUGAAAUCAUAAAAGACUUCGUCAUAGCACUAGUGGAUCGCGUCACAGUAGGCCGCAACGCCACACGCAUCGGCCUCGUCCUAUACAGCCUGGAUGUCCAUCUGGAGUUCAACCUGGCACGCUACAUGACCAAGCAGGAUGUCAAGCAGGCUAUCAGGAAGAUGCCUUACAUGGGAGAGGGGACGUACACUGGUACUGCUAUUCGCAAGGCUACACAAGAGGCUUUUUACAGCGCCCGCAAUGGAGUCAGCAAAGUGGCCAUCGUCAUCACUGAUGGACAGGCAGAUAAGAGAGAGCCUGUGAAGCUGGACAUGGCAGUGCGGGAGGCCCACGCUGCUAACAUUGAAAUGUAUGCUCUAGGGAUCGUUAACACAUCAGACCCCACGCAGGCUGAGUUUCUCAGGGAGCUUAACCUCAUUGCUUCAGACCCAGACAGCGAGCACAUGUACCUCAUUGAUGACUUUAACACCUUGCCUGCUUUGGAGUCUAAGCUUGUAAGUCAGUUUUGUGAGGAUGAGAAUGGAGCACUCAUCUACAAUCGCAUCACCAACGGUGGCAACGGAUACAACGGACACAGGCAUAACAGCUACAAUAACCACAACAAUGUCUUAUAUGGGAAUAACGGCUAUGGGAGUCAUCAUGUAGAAGAAUUUGACAGGAGGGUUAAUGUUCAGAGUGGAACCUACUCUGAACGAAUCAACCCUGCUCCUUUCAGUGCUAAGAUUGAUUUAGACUUAAGGAGUCAUGUCCAAGGUGGCCACAAAGUAACUGAUGUCAACACCGAUGUCCCACCUGUACAGCCUGUGCAUGAGAACAGCAGAACGUCUCACACAAGCAUCAUAUCAUCAUCACUGCCAUCAUCAUCAUCUUCUUCUUCUUCAUCAUCAUUGCCGUCAUCAUCGUCAUCAUCAACAUUGUCCUCUUCUUCCUCAUCGGGAUCUGUUAUAUCUACUUCAGUGAGCGUAAAGCCCCAGCCCCGUCCUGUUGUAGUUUCAGCUCCUCUGGACCCUCGUUGCUCCCUUGCCCUGAGCCAGGGGACCUGCCGAGACUACAUCAUCCGCUGGUACUACGACAAACAGGCAAACGCUUGUGCCCAGUUCUGGUAUGGAGGAUGUGAGGGCAACGAGAACCGUUUUGACACUGAGGAUGAAUGCAAGAAGACAUGUGUUCGUACCAGUAUAGGUUAAACUGGAGCGUGAUAUUUUUACACUGAAAAAGAACAAAACAAAUGGACUAGAGUGAUGCUUUUUUUAUUCUUCACCAUCUGCCCUGAAACUGCCACCAAGACAGUACCCUUCUUUCAGCAAGUUCAGAAAAUAUGUUGAACAAAAGUGUAAGAAAGAGAAAAUAGGAUAAAAAAAAGAUUACUGUGAUUACCUGCUCUGUGCUAGAGCAGUGCUUAUGAAGUAACUCUGCCUGUUCUCUUUCCCUGUACUGCACAAAUAACUCAUUUCCUCAUAUACCUCAUUUUUUUAUCCAUCUUCUUCUUGUAGGGUUUUCUGCACUGUGUUUCAUUAAUAUUUUUCAGUUGUACAACUGUAUUUCUACAUUAUACACACACACACACACACACACACACACACACACACACACACACAUAUAUAUAUAUAUAUAUAUAUAUAUAUAUAUAUAUAUAUAUACAUAUAUAUAUUCAUAUGCAAAGUUACAGUUAAGUCUGAAUCACAGGAAAGGCUUUGACAUGUAGCAUAAUUAUUCAUAAUCAUGAAUAAAUAAGAAUGGUUAAGUUGCUAUAUUUUUAUAGAAAACUAGGCUUUGUAUUCUUUACUUGAUAUCUUAGGAGUAAUAUGAUGGAUAAAGUAAUUUUUUAAAAUAUUGUUUUAAAAAUACCAUUCAUGUUAACUGUAAAAUCUUAAAUGUGAUUAAUGUCAGAAACAGCUGUGAGUACAAUGUGUUUGACUGAUGCUUUUGUACUUUUCUAAUAAAUGUAAAUGUUUUCAUUAAGUGUGUCGUAAUGUGUGACUUUGUUUAACACACAGGUUAUAUUGUCUUCUGCAAGUUGUUUAAGGUGGUCUAGACAAGACCUGUAUACACUCACCAGCCACUUUAUUAGGGACACUUGCACACCUGCUCAUUCGUACAAUUAUCCAGUCAGUCAGUCAUCAGUAUUCAGUAGCACAGUGGAUAAAAUCAUGCAGAUACAAGUCAAGAGCUUCAGGUAAUGUUCACGUUAAACAUCAGAAUGGUGAAAAAUAUGUGAUCUCAGUGACUUUGACUGUGGCAUUGAUGUUGGUGACAGACAGGCUGGUUUGAGUAUUUCAGAAACUGCAGAUCUCCUGGGAUUUACACACAAACAGUCUCUAGAUUUUACACAGAAUGUUGCAAAAAACA